AUGGACGAUCGCCAGAACGUGGUAGAGGCUGGUCUCUGGAACAUUUACCGCAAGAGAUUGCGGCUCCAGUCGGCGUCCUUACGCGACGCCGCCGGUUGUAAGGUAAUCGCCUUCACAGGUUCGGACCGGAAAGUGCAGUGGCUGAGGAACAACACACGUGCAGAUCACGUUUUCAACUAUAAGAAAGUCAACAUUCAACAGGCAAUAUCUGAAGCAGCACCAGAGGGCGUUGACUGCUUCUUUGAUAACGUGGCCGGGGAGUUCGCCAGCAAGGUCUAUUCCCGUAUGAAGACAUUUGGUCGGAUAGCCUGUUGUGGCUUCAUCUCCCAUUACAACAAGGACUUCCGAAAUUUGGAGCUAGCCACGAUGGUUCAGGGAUACAUGAUAGCCUCCCAGCUGAAAUGCGAGGGAUUCCAGGUUGACAGAUAUGAGGGCAGAUUCGACGAAGCCCGCAAGCAGGUGGUCGAGUGGAUGGAUAAGGUAUAUGCGCACUCACAUAACGCACAUAUACGCCCGCACGCACGAUGCUUCUAAGAGCAGAAUAACACGCC